CGUAUGACACGUAAGGCUAGUUUAAAAAUAAACGCAGAAGUGUCGUGUGGCUCAGUAUUUCCAAUUUUGUAUUAAAAAGUUUUUUAAUAGGAUAAUUAUACGUUUGGGAUGUCAGAACACGUCCUCCCGGCUGAAGAGCCGGUGCGUUUCAUAGCCCCGAUAAUUCAGGACAAUCCCACAGGAUGGGGGCCCUGCGAAAUGCCGGACCAAUUCAGGGAUAUGCCUUACCAGCCUUUUAGUAAAGGCGAUCGUUUGGGGAAAAUCAGCGAUUGGACUGUCGUCCAGGAUAAGAAAUACCAAAACAAGUACGCGUCUCAAUUCGGCGCUGGUUCGUCGUACGCCUAUUUCCAUGAUGAAGAUGAGAGUACAUUCCAUCUGGUUGACACGACUCGCGUCCAGAAGCCCCCGUACCAACGCGGCAGGGCCCGCGGUCAGCGCGGACGUGGUGCUCGAGGAGCCCGUACUCCUGGCGGCAUGACAACUUUGAGCAAGCAACGUGAUCGCAAGCUGGGCAAGAGAUGGGGCCAGAGAGGUGCUCCUAUGAAGAUUCGUGAUGCGUCAGUCACUGUGCGACCCACUUGGGUCACUAUUGAAGACAUGGACUUCCCCAGGCUGGCUAAGCUCUCGUUACCAGGAAUUAAAGAUGGUGAGGAUAUUGCGUGCUGCGGUACCUUGGAGUACUAUGACAAGGCUUACGACAGAGUGAAUGUGAAACAUGAGAAGCCACUGCAGCGCAUUGACCGCAUCUUCCAUACGGUCACAACCACAGACGACCCUGUAAUCCGUCGCCUGAGCAAGACCACUGGCACGGUGUACGCCACGGACACCAUCCUCGCCACCAUCAUGUGCUGCACGCGUUCCAACUACUCCUGGGACAUUGUUAUUGAGAAGAUUGGCGACAAGUUGUUCUUGGACAAGCGCGACAACACGGAGUUCGACUUGCUGACGGUGAACGAGACGUCGGUUGAGCCUCCCGCCGACGACGGCAACUCCAUCAACUCGCCGCGCAACCUGGCACUGGAGGCCACGUUCAUCAACCACAACUUCAGCCAGCAGGUACUGAAAUCUGGUCCCACCGAGCCGAAGUACAAGUUUCCGGAGGCGAAUCCGUUUGUGUCUGAAGAAGAAGGCGAAGUGGCUUCCGUCGGGUACCGCUACCGCAAGUGGAACCUCAACAAUGGAGUGGUUCUGGUAGCUCGGUGCGAGCACGACGCAGUCAUGCAGGGUCCGCAGAACGAGACGCAGUUCCUGACUAUCAAGGCGCUGAACGAGUGGGACUCCAAGGUGGCCAAUGGGGUGGAGUGGCGGCAGAAGCUCGACACUCAGCGGGGCGCCGUGCUAGCUAACGAGUUGAGGAAUAAUUCCUGCAAGCUCGCCAAGUGGACUGUUCAGGCGCUGCUGGCGGGCUCGGACCAGGUGAAGUUCGGCUACGUGUCCCGCACGCAGGUGCGCGACAACGCGCGGCACGUGAUCCUCGGCACGCAGCAGUUCAAGCCGCACGAGUUCGCGGCGCAGAUCAACCUGUCCAUGGACAACGCGUGGGGCAUCCUGCGCUGCAUCAUCGAUAUCUGCAUGAAGCAGAAGGACGGUAAAUACCUGAUAAUGAAGGACCCCAACAAGCCGCUGAUCCGCCUGUACGACAUCCCGGACAACACGUUCGAGUCGGACGGCUCGGAGGAGAGUGGGGACGAACCCGCGGACACGCCCUUCGCGCCGCUCUACUCCUACGGGAACUCCAAACGAGUGUAGGUUUCAAACUAGAUUAUAGGCCAGGAGCUGGUGGUUGCAAGUACAGUAUGGCCUUAUCGAUUUUGUUAUGCCUAUGUACGGCCCAGCGUGAAUUCUCGAAAAUACAGACAUACCUGUCAAUCAUUUUUAUGAAAAUAUUAUUAUGUUGAAAAACUAUUGGAAAUUACAUCGUUUCCCAACCUGUGGUCCGCGGACCCGGGGGUCCGCGAGUAUAUGUGUGGGGGUCCGCGGCUUCAUCUCUGGGCCAUACAUAAUUGCUAAUGUCUCGUAUUUGAAAUACUAAUUUGAAUAUUGAAAGGGUCUGACCUUUCACACGGAUCUUACUGCUUACUUCAACUUGAACGUUUUUCCUAUAUUUCAUAGUAAACAGUUAUAACUACCUAUUUUUUAUCUGUAAUAUCUAAAAUAAAUACCUAAUCGGGUUUUUUUACUGUUUAUUUUAUUAAGGGGGUCCGUGAAAACUGUGCUUGAUUUCCUUGGGGUCCAUGGCUGAAAAUGGUUGGGAAAACGCUGGUCUAGUGUCGAUAUAAAAGUGAGUAAACCUUGAGAUGUCGCGUAUUGUGACGAGAUUCCUCUCUCUGAAGCCUUGACUACCAGUUGCUUAGGCACUCAAACGCCAGCGGAAGGGCUGGAUUUUAUUGUGUAAACUUUAAUAAUAAAAUACAACAAAUUUGCCACCAGCUCCCUGCCUAUAACCAAAGUAGUAACUUUUGUAUAACCUUACUAAGUUAAUCAGAUGUAUUAUUUCAUAUUAUUAUUCGGUGAAAUAAAAAUCUUUUGGUCACA